UCCUCCGGGCAUCCGAGGAGUCAUAUGACCCGCCAGGCGGGGAGAGAGAGAUAGAGAGGGAGACUCAGCUGCCGCUGCGAAGGAAGGAGCAAGAGUAGUCGAGCAACCACCGGCCCCACAGCCACCAUGCUGGCGCUGUUGUCUCGGCUGCUGGACUGGUUCCGGUCCUUGUUCUGGAAGGAGGAGAUGGAGCUGACCCUGGUGGGGCUGCAGUACUCGGGAAAGACCACCUUCGUCAACGUCAUCGCGUCAGGUCAGUUCAGUGAAGAUAUGAUUCCUACAGUGGGCUUCAACAUGCGGAAGGUUACCAAGGGUAACGUCACAAUAAAGAUCUGGGAUAUAGGAGGCCAGCCACGAUUCCGAAGUAUGUGGGAGCGCUAUUGCAGAGGAGUUAAUGCUAUUGUGUAUAUGGUAGAUGCUGCAGAUCGUGAAAAAAUUGAAGCUUCUCGAAAUGAGCUUCACAAUCUACUAGACAAACCACAAUUACAAGGAAUUCCUGUUUUAGUUCUUGGAAACAAAAGAGACCUUCCUAAUGCUUUGGAUGAGAAGCAACUUAUUGAAAAAAUGAACCUGGCUGCUAUUCAAGACAGAGAAAUCUGUUGCUACUCCAUUUCCUGCAAGGAAAAGGACAAUAUAGAUAUCACACUUCAGUGGCUUAUUCAGCAUUCAAAAUCUAGAAGGAGCUGAAAUCUUACAGAUAAUUUCCCAGUUGGCCAUAUUCUCAAUUGUCUACUCCCUCCAUGAUGAAAUAUUAUCUAGGAUAGUUCUCCUGUAUCCAAGGAAUUGCCUUUUUUCACAGUUCAUGCCUCCAUGUGCACUGCUGAAUGACUUAUAUUCCUACUUCUGUCAAAAAGUUGGCUAGCGUCAUAAGUUGUGCAAAUGUUUUUAUUAAGUUCAUCUUAAACAGUGGCAGCGGGUGCCCCCUCUCCUCAGAAGCUACCAUUAAGUCAAAGAGUGUGUCUGCUCUGAUCUUCCUGAGCCAAGUUUUUAUAUUUGAUUUUCAGAAAUCUUAUUUAAUUCUUACAUUUAGUGGCUCAGUAGAAGAGACUGACACUGGACAGCAUGAGGAUUUUGGCACCACAUAUUGUACUUAUAAAGCUCUUCAGACACUGUUUAAAUGGGAUACUAACUUUUCUCUCAGAUGCAUGUGAUGUGUAUUGUAAAAAAAAUGGUUUGCAAUGGAAAGUACCAGGCACUAUAGAUAUUAAAUCACUAAAUUAUUCUGAUUUCUCAAGUUGUAUUCAUCCCAGUGAAUUAGAAAAUGUCAGGUUGUCAACUUUUUUUUGUAUCUGUGCAGGCUGUUGCUGAUAACUUUAUAAAUGCUAGCAUUCUUAAGGGGAGGUAGAGAACAGAGUACUUCAAAAUAUUGCUUUCAAGAGUUUGAAUAUGCAAGCAGGUAAAAGUUAAACAACCUGAGGCUGGACAAACAAUCUCAUCUUGCUCCUUGAAACUCUUUGCAAAGUCUGUACAGCUGCAUGACACUUAGUGUCACACUGACUUUCAGCCCCAAAAAAGUAUCACUGUCUGGCUUGUCCUUCUGCUAAUGGAAUAGUUGUGCACAGUUGCAUUUGGUGCUAGAAAAUGCCUAGGCUGUUGUGACAACUCUAGGUUUGCCUGCUUUCUCAGUGUGUAAUCAUGUAGAAAAUUCACAGACUGAAAUGUUAAACGGUGUUUUGAAGCACAAGAAAAUCAAUGAACUGAUUGUGUUUCUUGGUCAGCUUUUACAGCAUAGAGGUGUGUGAAGUAUAAAAAAACCAACCCUGUAACACUACUUCUAAAGCUUUACCUUCUUGGCAGUGUCAACAUUUUAAAGGGACAGACUUGUUAAGGCUGGUUUUGUUCAUACAAGUAAUGUUAAUGUUGCUCAUUAUAAGCAAACAAAUAUAUGGUAUACCUGCUUA